GGAUCUAGAUCCCUACACGACCCUGACACGCCUAGAUUGCUUUGGUCCCCGUGAAAAAAAAAAACAUAAAAAGCUCUAUAUAGCUUCUAUUCGAAUACAACAGGUUUUUCCUUAAGCUUGCAGCAUGGAGUCUUCUCCGAUCAGGGGCAGUACUGCGGCUGCCGUGGCCGGCAAAAAGCGUCCUGCAUCCUUGCUGCCAGCCUUCGAGCCAUUGAGCUCCUCGCCGUCUCUUCCUCGACCUCAGAAACGUAUGGCACGCGACGAUAUAUCGACCUAUCCUACCCCAGUACCGACCUCGUCAACCCAUAUCAUGUCUUCGUCUCCGCCACGAAUUUCCAUGUCACGUCCUGCGACACGCGGUACCUUCUCGUCAGUAUCAGAACGCGUACCCCUUUCUGCGGUGCCCACGAUUAUGCUCCCUGAGUCUGGUGAGACGAUUUUAAUGGGGAGAUCGAGUGCGUCGUGCCACCAUCAGCUGUCUGUCAAUCGAUUGAUAUCAAGGGUGCACGUCGAAGCUACCUAUAAGCCAGCUCCCAAUCCCUUCGACAGAGCAAGCAUUGAAAUCAAGUGCACCGGCUGGAAUGGGAUAAAGCUUCACUGUCAAGGAAAGACGUACGAUUUGGCAAAGGACAAGACAUUUAAAUCAGACAUCAAGGAUGCGGACGUUAUGAUCGAUGUGCAUGACGCGCGGGUGCUGGUCCAGUGGCCACGGCCAGAGAGAAAGGAAUCCGGGUCAAGCUCGGACCAGACUUGGGACGAAAAUUCGCCCCGAAGGAACUCUCAAAGCCACCGUCCAUUCCAAGGUAGUCCGCUCAGAGAACGUCAACGUCUGGUCUCCCCGGUGUCCCCAACCCCUGCAGUCCAGGCUCUCAUACCCCCUUCCUCUCCACUACUUCCUCCAAGCCGUUCUCACAAUCCCGUAGUGGUCUACGAAGAUGCACAGUCUCCUGUCCGUGAAGCAGCCCACGAGAAUUCCCGCACAGCAUCGCAGAAUUCACAGAUUGCUUCAGACUCUGUAAAUGGAGUUCUUCGGAGCUCCCAGUCCAGUGACUUGAGUGACCUGAGUAGAUCCCCAGAUGACUUCUCUGACCAUGAUGAGGAGAAUGACCCCAUCAUUCAUUCAUUUGGGCCUUUCGGGGAGAACAUAUUACCUCGAAUGGCUUCCUUCCGCGCUGGAGGAUCCCCGCCAUUGCCUCGCUCACCCCGUCCCCGAUUUGAGUCUCUCAAGCGGGAGCAGACUACCCAGCCGUCUGCUUCCAAGGCCGAGGAAGCGCAGUCUGAACCCCCAGAAGAUGAUGAGCACAGAGCAACCAUCCGGAAUCAUGCAGUUAACCAGCUAGCCUUCUCGCGUCUUUCUUCCACCCCUUUCUCGACGAUCUUGAACAACUUUCCUCCCGGCAUCUGGAAGAGAGAUAGCCAUAGUGACAAGAACGCCUCAAAGGCUGAGAUCCGAGCCAUUCUCGAUUCAACGAAGUGCAUUGGCAAGGUUCAGCGUGAAGGCAAAGAUGCUGCUGGCAAGCCUCUCGAAAGCGAGUACUAUUACAUCCCUGACUUCGAUGACGACGAUAUGAGGCGGGAGGCUGUCGUGAAUGAUCUGAGGAAGCCUGGUCUCCGCAACUGCAGAAAGCAGCACAAGCAAUACUUUUGGCGCAAGCCCAAAUAGAUGGGUUCGGCCCGGUUUUAAUCCCGGUACCCUAUUACAUGCACGGGUACUAUUUUGUUAACUUUCUUUCUACUACAUAAC